AUGUCGGACAUCUCCAGCCCACCAAGCAGUUCAACAUACUCGUCCCAGGAUGGCUGGUCCAGCAAAUCCGAGGCCUCAUCACCCGACUCGGCGUACUCAGAUCAGCCGUCAAUUCCGGAAAAGCCCACCCCCGAGUGCGAUUCGCAACCGGCAGAAUUCUUCUUUGUUGACCCGAAAGAUAACGGCAAGACCUCGUCCCAGUUCAAGCAGAAACAGGCUUUUCUCAUGAAGCGGUACCAUCGCGAGAGGAAGCAAGCGGCCAUCCAGCGACUCAAAACAGCGAAAUCGGAUCCUUCUGAGAAGAGGGUCGUAUUGUUGAAUCGGCCUACCUUGCAGCCUGCGCGACAAAAUAAGAACAAGGACUUGGAAGAGCGUCCGUCCGGCGACGAUGAGGAGUCCGUUCCAAGCAGCUCGUGGGUAUCCACGACGUAUUUGAGCCAGGGUUUCAAAGAUCCUUUUGACUCGUACGCUGUUUCAAUGACGGACUCCAUGCACCGGUAUCUGAAUCACUUCCGAAUCCACGGAGUUGGAGCGGCAUAUCCGCUGAAUGUGACAAUGAUGGGCCAAUAUCUCUGGCGAAAUAUCGUAACUAUACCAGCGCUCGUCAACAUUUUUUGCUUCUUCAGUGCCAGGCAUGUCGCAAUGAUCGAGUCGAAAGCGCAUGGUGAAACACAGUCUGUCCAAACGUCCAUCAAAAGUUCUUUUCAGUUCAGAGGAAAUGUUCUGAAGUACCUGAAUGAUCUGAUGCGGGACCCGGAUAAUGCUGUCGCGGAGACAACCAUCUAUGCUAUUGCGAGCUUUGUCACAAUUGAGUCCAGUAUGGGAAAUGUCGAGGCAGUCAUGGCCCACCAAACCGGCCUAAGGCGCAUCGUCCGUCUCCUCGGGGGCGUUGACGCCCUACCACAUAUGACACUCUCGAAGCUCUACCAAUGUGAUGUAAAAAGCGCAGUCCUAAGAAACACCCAACCCAUAUUCCCCAUGUCCGCACGCUUCCGAAGCGAAAUCUGCCACGAAUCCGAUAUCUUCCAAACAAACCGUCCUCUCCCCACGCCACCCGCACUAAAAGACCUCGGUUCCCGCUUCACAUCCAGCUUCUGGUUCGCGUCACUAGACAGACGAAUGCGGGCAUCCAUAAAAAUCGUCCGCCGUCUAAUCAUCUACUUCGAAAACGCAUCCCUCCACCCCGAACUCGGCGUGCUAACCGACAACGACAUUUUCGUCGUCACAGAGCACCAGCUCCUCUCGCUCACUUUCUCAACGGCCGACGAAAGGCGCCUCAACGAACCGCUCCGCCUCUGCCUCCUCCUCUACCUCAACCUCCGCGUCUGGCACCUACAGGGUCUACCGAUCCUCGAUUCCGUGGUCGUAUCUCUGCAAGAACAUCUCGCCUCGGAGCUUUUGUAUCUGCACAGCGUUGCGCCGGAACUCACGCUCUGGAUGCUGUUCAUGGGUGGGAUGGCGUCCGGGGGCAGGGGCGGGACGCUGCAUCCGUGGUUUUUGGCACAGUUGCUGGAGACGGGAGAGUUUCUGGGAGUCCGGGAUUGGAGCGAGGCGAUGGGAAUAUUUGCGGGGUUCUUUUAUACGGAUCAGCCUGGGGUACCGUCCGCUGAGGAUCUGUGGAUCGAGGCCUUGACGGCGAAGCAGUACUCGUACCUUGCGCCGGGGGAUAUGGUGUAGGUUCCAAGGAGAUGGGAUGGGUGAUCCAUUGUAUACUAUUUAUCGUACCUUAAUGAUACCAUGCCCU